AUGCGGGCUGCUCUGGUGGCGUGUGAGGGCAGUCUGGGGCCCAGCCACGUGGACACCCUGCGCUGCAUGAACAACUUGGCGGGCUUGCUGGAGGAGCAGGUGCGGCUGGAGGAGGCUGAGGAGCUGUUCAAAACCGCCCUGGGGAUCCGGGAGAGCCUCUUGGGGCCGCUGGCACUGGACACAGCCGCGUCCCUGACCGACCUGACCUUGCUGCUGAUGGACCAGGGCAGGUUGGGGGAGGCGGAGCCGCUGCUCAGACGGAUUCUGGAUAUCCGCGAGGUGGUUCUGGGUCCCGAGCACCCGGGCACUGCCGCCUCCCUCAUCGACCUGGCCUCCCUGCUGGGGCAGAUGGACCGACAUGCGGAAGCGGAGCCGCUGUUGCGAAGGUGA